CUUGCGUACAUAUGUAUACCUUUCAUAUGCAAAUUGAUUUUUUGGUCUAAAAUCCUGGAAUAUAACACGUCAAAUCCCAGUUGAACACCUUAGUGCCUGUAUAACUACUACAGCCUAAUUAACCCUUGGCAAACAUCGGUCAGAUGUAUUUUUGGGCUACCAUCUAGGUUUACAAGCCGUUUCGUUUUUACUCUCAAGAAAGCUCUUUGCCUUAACGCUUUGUGCUUUCGCGCAAUCGACGCACUUAAGUUCAUUACGCCAAAAAAACGUAUAUUGAAAUACUUUCUCUUAACAUGAGAUGUCAAAAAUAUCGAAAAACUGCACGGUGUUAGAAGACGUAAUUGAAAAAGGAAACGAUUAACUUCACGUGUUAAGUCAAGGCAGCAAUCAAAAUUAAGUGCCCAGYCGAGUUCAUCGGAAAUCAAUCUAGCAUUCAAUCUUGUCGCGACUACAGAACCGCUUUGCCAGUUAUGGAUGCUACUAAGUUAAUGUACCUCAUAGCAUUGGUAAAUGCUUUCCUGUUUUUUGGGAAUCGUGCCGUUACUCAGGUUAUCGCGGGCUCUAACUUUACUGGCGAUGAUUCUAUAAACAAAGUAUCGUAUCAUAAAUCAACACUAAGGUCAAGUGAUGCAAUGAAGCCAAGUCCAGUAUCCGCGCCAUCAGAUCGUUUUGAAAAUAUUUUAGCAGGACACCGAUAUAGAGAAACAAAACGCUUAUUGGCGAACACAUAAACUAUGAAUGGGAUAGAAUCUAUUAUGGGAGCCGCAACUUGGAUGACAAAGCUGGCUGAAGACACUGCCUUUUCUCCAUCUACAAGAGCAACAGUCUCAACAAGACUAACAACCGCAUCGAACAGCAAAAGUGUUGAGAUUGCACCUUCUGAAUCGUUCAACCAAGGAUUUCAAAUGAAAUCGACGUCACUGUCAGAAUCAGUUCUAGGAAUGACAUUCAACAUCGCUACAGUGGUCCAGACUUCAAGGAAAACUCAAGCACUUUGGAAUUCACUGCCAACAAUUUCAAUCCUCGAUGUAAGAGGCUCCGCAACUCUUGAAAAAAUAAAUUCGACGCCUUCGUCGAUAUUUGUCAACGCAUCUCUGCCAAGCAAUACUUCUUCUUUUGAUAAUGCAACAGAACCCUACCGAAGACCUGUAGAUGAUUAUUCAAUAGUAUUCUACUCAAUUGCGUUCAUAGCUGGGAUCACAGGGAACGUUUUUGUCCUCGUGGAUGCCUUUAAAACCCAAAAGAAACUCAAAACGAACGAGAUGCUACUGAUCCAUUUGUGUUUGGUCAACGUCUUCAUACUGUCAACACUCACCCCAAUGGUAUUUUUAAUGAAGAUUCGAAUAUCCAGCUCUUGUCAUGUCAUCUUUAGCUUGACUAUCUUAUACCAGUACGGUAUUGUGUAUACUCUGACAGCCAUUUCCAUACAGCACCACAGGGCGAUAGCUUGCCCCUUCAGUCCUAAGCCAUCUGGCAAGAGGAUAGCAUUUACUAUUGUUGCUAUUUGGGUGGUUUCAAUUUUCCAAGUGUUACCUAUGGUACUCACUGAAGACUUCCUUCCACGAGGAUGCUUAAUUGGCACAAACAAACAGCUAAAAAUUGUAAGGAGAAAGAUUUAUUACUCGUUGCUAACAUUCACGCAAUACCUGCUUCCGUUUUUCCUCAUAGUCAUGUACUACACCAAGCUCUCGGUCUUUCUGAAAAAAGCAAGGCUGGAUAUAGAAAGACGGACCGAUUCAACACAUGAAGUUCAGUCACCUCGAAAAAAGAGAAACCAAAGGGUAGUCAUGGUGAUAGUAGCCAUGGUAGCAACUUUUGCUGUCAGUAUGCUUCCACAACAUAUUCAAUUUUUACUGACGGAGUUUGUAUUGGAGAAAACAUUUCCUUAUGGUAUUGCUGUGUUUACAUUCUAUCCAGUUGUUAUCAAAGCGUGUCUUGAUCCUCUAAUUUAUGGUGCCGUUGGCAGAAAACUGAAAUCAUGUAGCUGUUGCAGUCGACCAACAAAUUCCACUCAGAAUGAUCGCGUUAACUAAACGACAAUUAAGUGACAGCUACCAGAAUGAAUUUUCGCAUAAAAAAUGAGCGCGCGUUCUGAUUGGUUAGCCAGCGUGUCAUCAUGGGCUAGAUGUUAUACACCGCCGGGACUUGAUCAACCCUGAUCAGCGUAUUUUACGAACUGACAGUUUCGUCAAACCAUUGACUAACUUGUUUUGUUUCCGGUAUGUAGAAAUAGUCAGCAACUGGCUCGCGCACAUAUACAGCGUUAACCGUUAAAUUUCUGAGACCGAGUUUGUGGUUGAUGAGCGGCUUCAAGAUGAUACGACGAGUAUUCAUUGCAGCUGAUUUGUGCAACAUGCCAUGCUAAAAAAAAUUUUGGACUUGAAACCACGCUGCUAUUACACUCUUUAGCUACAUCCUAAAAAACAUUUCUUGCAUCGUGUAACCGUAAUGAAAAAUUUGGAAGACACCCGCAACGAAACACUGAACAACAUCAAUCCAACGAGUACUAGUCAAUGGUUAUACUGCAAACUAAAUAUGAUGUUUCAUCAACUAAAAGAAGAAGAUUACACCUACUAUCUACCCUGUUUAUUAAAAUUUAUAUGUUACACUGUUUCCGACUUAACUUAUUCCAUUUCCAGUCAAGAUGAAGUCAAUUAAAUAUGAUUACAUCACUAUGAAAUCGUAAGAAUUUAAAAUUAUGACAAAAUAUUUUAACAAGUACAAAUUUUGUAAGCGCUACAUUUGAAUUGAAAUCGACGCGCACGGGGAAAGGAUAAAAUGGUAGGUAACCGUGUUAAGAUAAAUGAAUUAGUCAAAACAUCUGACAAGUAACAUGGGUGCUGGUUUCUGGUCCGGUAGAAACUUAUAAGCAAUACCUAUGAUGUGAAAGUAUAAUAGCUAAAAUGCCAAAAAUAGCUUGAAUAUAAGCUUAAAGUUAUCUAUAAAUCUAUAAAAUUUAGAGUUCUCGGAUAUUACAGUGAUUCAGAAUCAUACAAAAAAAAGCGUUUCAUAACAUUUUCGUAAACACACACUUUUCAAAGGCACUUGACUAUGGAUUGAAAUCAAAACGCCUUGAUUCAGUAAGCUAUUCAGUUUGUUGAUUGGAACUGACUUGUCUAUUGUUGUCAGUCGCCUAUCGGAGUUUCGAUCAAAAACCAUUCCGGCAACCGGAGGACAGUCAAAACAUCGCGGGAGUUCCCCAUUGAAAAUUGAAAUGCCCCAGAUAGUUCUACAGUUAUCUAGGCUUUUAGCUUUUUUUUUUUUUUUUUUUUUUAGGUAA